UAGUGUAUAGCAGAGGAGAGAGUUUGGUAUCGAGAGUUGAUCCUCCCAGUGGCCUUGGUCAAAAAAUGGCGGUAAGCUUGAACUGACUACAAUUUGUUUCAUUUGAAGAAAUUUUUGCUUGUGGCAGAAAAACAAUUUCUGUAAUUUCAAAAAGCAGUUUCGAAUCUCUAGUAAGGCAUAGCGAUAUGGGAAUUUUAUGAAGGGGUUGUGUCUUUGUGAUCCAUCAGUGUGGUUGACUGGUAAUGAAAGCUACAAAACCAAUAGUUGUUAAUUCUUACGUGUGCUGAAAGAAUGAACAUCAAACCUUCCUCAGUCUUCCGGCAUUCUUAGCGUCACAAGAAGCAGUCUUGGUGUUAUGAUAUAUGUGUCUCGUUCAGUUAACUAUCAUCAUUUUUUUUGUGUGUGUGUGAUCCAGCUAUUUUCAACGUCGGCCAUUUAUUUGUAUAUCCUUUUUCGAUGUUUGAUAAAAUGUCGUGGACAGAAAUACCUGAGAAACAAGUUUCUUUAUAUUGAAUUGUUUACGCUUUGUACCUACUGACAGGAAUUCCAGAAAGAGAGCGGUGAACUGAGAACAGGUAUGGCACCUUUAUCGCCCCGACACUGCUUGUCCAGAGUUCAAAAUAAUUUUUCAGCUUUUAGCUUGGAUUUGUAGGCUUUUGUCUAGGCUCUUUUUUUCCCCAGCUGUCAAUAAGAAAUUUGCGUGUAUUGCUGAAACGGGACCCGUUGCCUAGCAAUGACUAAAAUCUUCCUGAAUCAAAAUUUACUCUUUCCAUUGAGAAACCUUUCUUGUUUAAGAAAUAUGUAUGUAUAUGGUGUACAUAUAGUAUACGUUAAAUUGCUAAAAUAAUUUCAGCAUUAGAAUCUCUUCCGUGUUUGUUCAAGCGUGAAAUAUACAACUUUGUUCGGACAAAUUGUCGCGCUUCUCCAUUCACGCUAUAGGAAAUUCGUACAGUCAAGUACUGACUUCUAUUUGAACGAGCGAGAAGGCUUUGCAAACGACACUAAACAGGAUUUGGCGGAGAAUAAAUCUUGACUAAAGGUAGUAUGUACGUGCAGAGACACAAACACGGUAAUGUGACGGUGUGGUCACAAACUUGCAUGUUUCACGCUUGAGCUGAAUACUGUGGACUAAAAUACCCUCUGUUGUACGCUUCAAAUUUCGAAACUUUAUACUCAUUUACGUUUCCAAAAAGCUUUUGAAACAUUUCUUGGCUACUUUCCUACCUGAUAUGAAAUGUUCACCAUAACAUGACGGCGACUUUUACUUCAGUUAGAAGAUCGGUAAGCAAAAUAAUUUCUAUAAAAUUUUAGUUCUUCGGUGAAAAAUCGCUAACAAGUGUGCUAAAAGUUCCGGCUGCCGGCGGCAGCCGACUGUUAUUUUGAACCCUGCUUGUCAUUGUCACAGUCAUGUGGAAGGAAGACCCAGCAAUUGCAAAGGGAUCACACAUGUAUUCAAUGUAACUUUAUGUGCUUGAUUUUAUUAAAAACUAUGUUUAGCAAAACCGGUUAGGUUAACACUUAUUAUCAUAUUAUAAACUAGAUGGAAGCCUGUGUAGUACCACGAAUAGUUUUUUCUCGCAUUAAAAGUGUAAGUUUGCUGACUGGCAUUGAAUCGCUGGAAUAUUGCCCUCUAUCAUAGUGACGGAUGAUAGUCAAUUUUCCUUUCAUCAUUCUGAGAUGUGGUGUAUAAAUUUUUUUCUUAACACUCAUUAGUUAACUUUGUCUCAAGUGUAAUUUUUACGAAAAUGCACGAAGUCAAGUCAUGGCAAUCGAUUGUAGAGUAGGUUAGCAAUACAUUGCAACGGUGAGACAAACUGACUUUAUUCAUUCCUUAGGGGCUGUUUCGCAGAGGACUGGUGAUAAAACUGCAAGAGCGAUCCCUCUCUGUCUUCCUAACAAUUAUCAGUGGGAUUCUAAGACUUGUCGAUGCGUUAAAACCAAUGAAGUUCGUUCUUCAUUGUAUGUAGUUGAAGAGGCACUUGAGGAGCUGAGGAAAGUCAAAGGUAUAGGCCUAUGCUUUGUCCUGAGAAACAGGAAAUGAAAAAUUCUGUGUGGUAGAUAUCCAGUUCAGAUGCACUGUUGUCAUGCGUAACAAUGAAAUAAAUGAUGGACAGUGUAGACGAUUUUCAUAACUGUGUAGCCUAACUAGCGCUAUCCUUCCAUGUACGUGUAAGCCAGGCCUCGUCAACAUGAAUGGAAUGAAUUUAGUACCAUUUUAAAUUGAGACUCAAGGGGCUUACUCAAAUGAAAGAGGUCUAUUCUAUUAAGUAAAGUAAUACUGUAAGCUCAGUAGGUCGCCAGUUCCUUAAAAAAAUCAAUCACAAAACCUCAUGACUAAAUGAAAAUAAGAAAAAACAAACGAGAGAAAGCGAAACGAAACGAAAGGACAAGGAGAAAAUACGCAAAAACUGUUGUGAAGUUUAUCAUUGACUUGCAUGAAGAUUUGAAGCGCAUCAGGCCGCGCUCUAUUUGAUGAUUUAAGGGAACGAUUGUACUGCAAAAAGAAGUUGAAACAAGAGCUACCAUGUGCGUGUCUGUUUAUUGUUUAUUUCACUUCAGUGUGAAUUUGAAGCCUAAUGUGGUAUAGUAAUGGCAAUUAAAUUAAAGUUUUCACCUUCCUCUGUAUAACAGGCCCAGUGUGCACCGUUGCUGUCUCUGGUCCUUUACGGAAAGGAAAGUCUUACAUUUUGAGUGAGGCUUUUGAUCAACCAGAGGUAUUCCCUCUUGGACACGAAUUUGAUCCGGAGACCAUGGGAAUCUGGAUAUGGAUCGUGCCAGAGAAAUAUAAGGUGUGAAACUUAGACUUUGGAAAUUUAUUCCAUAUAAGCCACAGUAAUAUUUCAAAUUAUUAAGUGAUAGGAGAUCGAAUCUCCCAUAUUGUAUGUCAAAUGACGUGACUCACGAUUUUAUUUUGCUUAAAUACCGCUCAUACGUUUGCUUGCAAGCGCCUUUGAUAUUAAUAAGGAGGAAGUAUCAGACGUUCUAAGGGGUUUUUGGGAUCUGCAAUGAUGACAAUUAGCAUAUGGCAAGUACUAGCAUAGUUAUUAUCUUAUUCUCGUGACUGUGCACGAUAGACCUGUUGAAAAGCUAGAAAGCUUUGAAACGUUAAAGCGUGCCACAGAUUAAUGUGAUAUAUGGCAUCGCUCCCUCUCUUUUCCUUUUUUUUUAGAAUUGAUAUACAGACGUGCUCAAAGAAAAUGUGGAGUGAAAGUGAUAUCUAAAAAACUUGAAAUCUGAUAUUUGGCCCCUCCCCCUCGCCCCCGUGUUUUAUCCCUCAUUGUUACGCAAAACACUCGACGGUUCCGCUUGCGUGUUUCUGAUAACAAAAACUAAAUGAGCCUCAUAGACUGGCGCAAACAGUAGUAUUUUCUUGAAAUUGCCUAAUUGCAAAGUGUAUGACAGCAUUAGUGUACCGAGAACUCAUGGACAGAGCACAGACUGAGUCCCAGCGAGAUUUUGGAACCGAGCCAGACUGGUCUUGAUCUCUGAAGUUUCUAUCAUCAUAGGAGACAAACAUCCUGUGUGGUCGAAAGCGUUCUGCUGAACGAAUGUGGGAAAUAUGGUAAAUUUUGAGCUCAGUAUUCUGACGCUUUCUAGACUUAAGGCACCGGUCAUUACUUAUCGCCUGAGGUGGGGGGAAGAAGGAUUUUUUAUUACCUUACCCGAUCCCCCCAUAAGGCUAUGUGAUAUUCUCGACCCUCCACAUUUUCAACUGCAGUAAAUAUUCUAUAUGCCCCCUUUAUACUCAUUUGGCAACUACUGAUCCUCGAUCCGUUCCCACUUAAAACCAAGUGAUACCUAAAAAUUCUUCACCCAUCCCCAGGCGAAAUAAACGAAUAAUGAAUAGUGACUGGUCUCUUACCUUAUUUAGGACUUAAGUGGCCAAGACGUCACAGUGGUGCUGUUGGAUUCAGAGGGUGUUGACGCUGCUCUCAAUAAAGGUCGUGACGACUAUCAGAUAUUUACUUUAACCGUUCUGUUGGCUUCCGUGCUUAUUUAUAACUCAAGUGGUGUUCCCACAAGGCGUGAUCUCGAUAGUUUGCAGUAUCCUUGCCAUAUCAAUCACAUUUUGUAACAUGACCUCAACGGUUGCCAGUAGUGUUACGUGAAUAAUAGAGGAAUAAUAAUAAAGGAAUGCUCUUCCCAAGAAGAAACGUAGAGAUGAAGAGAUUGAAAGGUGAAAAUGUUCAAAAUUUGAUUUAGGCUCCUUACGGGUUACGACAAAUAAAAUAUGACUUUGAUUACUUUGGUCCCAAUCAAUACUUCUGGAUUUUCUUUAAUGUCGAUUUAGCUUUAUCUCUAAGCUGUCUGAACGAAUCCAUGCAAGAUCUAACUGGAAAGAGACUGAUAAGAAAAAAGAAGAAGAGUUCUUACACAGAACGUUUCCUUUCUUUAUUUGGUUGCUGAGAGAUGAAGUGCUCUCCAUUCCACGCGACUGCAAAGACAUCAAGGAUUACUUCUUGAAAAAGGUUAGAAUCCAAAACAAGGUCGAGACGCCGUCUCAAAAGGUCGCAAAUGAAAGGGAUACUAAAGCCAAAUAAAUGAUUCUUUACACAGGUUUUCCGUCAGAAUGCUCCCCGAAGUAGGAGUGAUGUACCAGAUGUAGCCGAAGGCAUCUUGAAGUUCUUUCCUGGUUUUAAUGCGUUUGCCCUAUCCCCUCCUUCAACUGAUCCAAAUGUGUUAAACAAUCCUAACACGAAAAAGGAUCAAUUACAGCCUCAAUUUUUGAGUGAAUUAGAGCAGUUUAAGAAGAUGAUAAAGUCCAUGCUAGUCCCAAAACAAAGCAGCACUAAAGGAGAGCUUGUAACUGGAGAAGGUACUUGUUCUUGUUUAUAUUUGAGUUUUCUACUUUCUCAAUCUCUUGCCCGCAUAAACACAGGAAACUCAAACUCGAACGAAAUCUGUCAAUUGGCCUCCUUCUGUGGUAUGUAAGCUCAAACGAUACAGUGGAAAGUACGAUUUUAUGAACUUUUUCUUCUUCAACGUUCUUUUAAAAUUGCUCAAAAAAUACAAAUUUAAGGUGAAGGAAAUCUCACAAAUUACUCCCUUUGGAUGCAAAAUGUUAAGCUUUCUUAUUGGAACUUUUAUGUAAUAUUAAUAGGUGUAAGUCUAUGGUGUGUCUGUUUGUACUCAAAUGCAGCAAUGCAGCCACUGAUAAUACCUCUGAAUAUAUAUAUUCUAUCCUCUCGGUCUCAGUUCCUAAUUUGCUUAUACUUUUAUGUUUUUUUUUAGCUUUCACUUUAAACCAAAUUCCUUUGAUGCCAAUACUACCCAAUGCUAUCUUACCUUUGCUUCCUUUCACGACGUUAAGACUGUAAAUCUUGUCAGACUGUGCAAACUUAAAGGAGCAUCACAGUACUGAAUACUGAGAACUGAAUACUGAGUACUAAGUGUUUGUUGUUUCAUAGGUCUUGCCGCCCUGGUCACCCAUUACGUUUAUAGUACCAUCAACACUCCUGAUGUGGUUCCAAACGUUCAGGUCGCGUGGGAUCUGUUUGUUAAAGACAAGUGUUCAGACACCAUAAAGAAAUGUCAACAGAAAUAUAACGAGCUUAUGGACUUAAAACUGCCAUGUGAUAAUGCUGAGAUACAUUUGUGUCACGAAUCCGCAAUGGAGGAAACUAAAGAUCUGUUCAUGGCGGAAAUGUCUGGCAUUUCAACAACCACAGUGGAGAAGCAACUGAGGGAACUGAAGGUGACACCCUUAAGCAGUAGCUAAGACACUGAUUUUCGAAGGCCAUUUAUUUUGCCUUCUUCUUCACAAAGAUGAUCCAUACUGUAAGUCUCUGCCUUGGGGAGACGGUUUCGAAUAGUAAAUUCAUAGCUGAAGGGAGUAAGCUGAUACAACAUCAGUAAUUAGUAGUACUCAAAGGGACUAGUCGCAUGAUAUUAGCUGCAAGAACUUGUUGUAGAGACUUUUUUGGUAAUCAGUGUUUACUGACCAUUCUAGGCUCUUUUGUUCUCCUGGUAAACCGAUGGUGAAUUAAUACACUCAUUAAAGGAAGCAAGAUAUUAAUUUUGUUUGAAAGAAAGAGGUAUCCUCUACGUUUCUUCGCAAUUUAAUAUCUUUUAGGAUGCUUGAUAAAAUUAUCUUCGAUUGAAUUGGUUUUUUUUCUUUCUAUAAUUUCAAUUUUAGAGUUUUUUCAAGAAAAGGUUGAACGAAUGGAAGACUGAGAAUUCAAGGUUAACAAGACAAUUCUGUGAUGAUCUUCUGUUACAACUAAAAACAAAACACCUAGAUCCGGUCAUUGAGCAGCUUCAAGGAAGAGAAAGUUUAGAUUCAUUCGAUGACAUGCUGCACGUUUAUCGACAAAUCAAAGAUGACUACGAAGCAAGCGCAUUGGGUGCUAAAGAUGCCAUUGCUGAGGCGUUCUCCGACUUUCAUUCCGUAAGAAGUCCUUAUCUUAUUCUGAUCGUUCUCCAGAUAUUUAAGAUUGAUCCCUAAGUUUAUAUGUUAAACAUAGAAACUCCCAUUGGUCACCAGUUACUCAGCACUGCUUCACCAUCGUUACUUUCAAAUGGAUAAGCUUGAAAAAUGAUGUUCUGUACAUGUUUGACCUAUAAUUAAAACUCCGUGGAAAUUCUCACGAUAUUUCCAUACUCUUUUACAGAAACUAGCUGCGGAUACAAAACAAUACCGUGAUAAACUGAAACAACUGAAAGAUUUUGACCAGAGAGCCGCGAGGGAAAUAGCAGCAGCAGUUUUCAUAGAGCGGGAAAGGAUACGGCUUGAGGUACGUUGUGCACACACAAGAAUGGAAAUGUGGUUAUUAAAAAAAACUUCUUGGACAGAUUAAAGACUGAACGACAUAAGAGACUGACAUGACGGUAAGUUCGUCAAUCUCGGUAUUGGUGAAAGGUUUUGGAGUUAAGUUAUCCACGUAUAAAUGCGGUACGUUUCCAUGACACUUAAAUCUGAAUGGAUACCAAUUAUGCUUUUAUGUUCAUUCUGGAGGUAUCCUGGAUUGCCUUUUCGUAGUUUAUUCAUGAGUCGAACGAUAAGGUAUCCAAAGCUGCCUACUUUGUGUUAUGUUUUUCAGGAAGUCAACGCUGGUUUGCAGCAGGAAAAUCGAACAAUGGAAAAGGAGGUAUUCAUCUUCGUUAGAUUUCCUAGUUCCUUUGAGAAAGAUGGAAGAAAACAAUCGAUGUCACAACCUACAAAAUAACGAACGCUCCCAGUUUUCACUUUCAACUUUGGACAAUAGCAAUACACCUUUUUCUCCCUAAUGAAAUAGUCUCAUUUCAUCAUUGCAUAGUAAUGAGGAGGGUUGAAUUUCGCCAAGAGCAAUGUUUUUCAACGCUUUUGAGUUAAGCUAAAUUGUUUCCUUUAUUUGUUUUCGUUGUGCAUUCAGAAAUACGAUAGUCUUUGUUUCUGUUCUGUUAAGAUGCAAAUGCUGAUUGCCAGAUCAGAAAAGGAGAAAGCUGGGCUGCUAUUGCUAAAGGAAGAAAUGAUGAAAAAGGAGCGCGAACAAUCGCAGAAUAUGCAGCAGGCAGGCCUGAUAGAAGCCCAGCAGCAAAGGGAAACCUACAUCAAAGAAAACCAAGCCCUUGGCGAGCGGCUACUGGAGGUGCAAAAUGAAAACGAGGAACAAAUGAAAGUGAUGAAGAGCAUUUCAGAAAUGAUCGUUGUACACCAAAGGGAGAAAGAGCAGCUUCUUGAUCAAAGGGAGACACUUUCACCAGAAGAGUUAACAGAGUCAAUGAAGGAGCUAGAAAGAAGGCAAUCAGAAGAAGUAAAUGCACUACUGAUAGAGAUGGAAGCUCGUGUGGGUGGCAUCAAAUCAAGCGGCGGGGAAUACUUCAACACCACACUGAAAGACGACGAGGAUCUGCCAGACAUGAUGACUUCGAGGGCACAAAUCGCCCGGGAUCUACACCAAAGGUUGGCAGAAAACGAAAGAAAUCAAAGGGAUCUUACAACGGGUGAAAUCCUGAAGCAAGUCCUCAAGUUUAUGGGAGAUGUUGCACCAGUGGUUGGCAAAGUAGUAGCUCUUCAUCCAACGUGUUCACCUUAUGCUAUGCCAGUGGCCUCAGCCGUGGUAAGCAUUGCCGAAGCUGCGCAGUCUCUUGACUGCAGUAUCAUGUAACUAUUAUCUCCAAGAGAUUUCUUGAAUACGCUUGCAGAAACAGAACGUGGACUAGAAGUUAAAUGAUACGAAACUGUAUUUGGGAUUUCAUUAAAGUAACCAGUGAAAAUUAUAUAGGAUUAAAACUUUUUAGGGUUUUGCAAAAAAAAUUAAUGAUUUUGAUCAAGGAUGACGAUAACAUGAUGCCUAAAUCGUGUCUUCAAUUCUCAUUUCGUCAAUUCCUCUUUGUGUUGACCGCUGUUCUUGCCCUCCACCCCCCUUUCCCCUAUUCCUACCCUAGGCCCCAGUUAUUCGAGGGGUAGGUAACUCUCUCCACUAGAUAAAUCUCUUUCCGGUGGAUAGUGCAGUAAGUUUUGUUAACUCUUAUCCACUGGAAAUCGUGAUCGAUUUAUCAGUUGGAUAGCGUUAUUCACUCAGGUGUUUAAACAAGAUUAGAUAAGACUCUGUAAGCUGAAGAAGAGUUCCUCUUGUGAUUUGAAAAAUGAGAAGAGGAAUUAUGCAUAUUUGCAUUAUGUAUGAAAAAUAUUUUCUUAAUAGACAUUCUGAACAAUCAUAUCUCCUGCAGGUCAAUGAAAACGCACAUCUAGUAAGCUCAUGAACUUAUCAAAAUUCAAAAGGCCAUAGAAUAUCAACACAUGAACUUAUCAAAAUUUCUGUUGCAAAAGUCGUAAUCUGGUUGCAAUCUGUGGCAAGCCUUCAGCCUCGUUAAGAGCAGUUUCAGCUCUCAAUCCUUGUAAUGCUUGCUGAAAAAAAAUUAUCUGCGUGGAAUUUAUUUGUGUAUAUUGGAUAACCCUUCGAUCAACUGGCGUUGAAGCGUUUGAGGGAAGUUCAUUCUUGUGGCCUGUCUGCUGGGUCGGUGGGAAUGUGUGUGCCUUCCAUGCUCAGUGGGUUACUCUGAUAUAGCUCUGAUUGGUCAAUUGGCUGCCUUUCAAAACUUUUUUAGAGAAAAAAAUUAAAAUAUUUUGGUUCCAUAAAUUUGCCAAAAAUUUUGCUUUAUUAUUGAUUGUAAUUUGACCAAAUACUAUUUGAACAACCAGUGAAUUUCAUAUUUUUUCUAUUUAGCACUUUUAAGAUAAAAUGUUUAAGGUCUUAGGUUUUUAUUUUUACUGAAUGUAGUGUUUGUAUGAUCAGUUCUAAGUUAAAGAUUCAAAAUUCAGUAUUAUUCAUUUAUUCAUGUUUGAAUACAGCAAUUUUAAUAACUGUAUUUUCAAAUCAUAUAAUUCCAUUAGAAAAUAAGACCUUUUUUUAACUAACUAGCUAACUAACUUUUUGGCACUGGAGCAGCUUCAAAGAAUGAUUCUUUAAUAAAUAACUGUCAGAUCAGUGAAAAAAAAACCUGAGUCCUUUUGUAAAUAAAAAAAGGCCUUAUUUAAUUAUAUUUAGGCUUUUUAUGCUCACAAAGUUUGUUUUCAGGCCAGUUAACUGUACAUUGUCUAUGAUAUACAUGUCUAAUUUCACCUAACUUUGUAUAUUUACAAGCGUGACAUUCUUCAAGCUGUCACAGCGGUUACCACUGAUAAACUUUCAUGAUCAUAAGCCUUCUUUCAACUCAUGCUUUAGGCAGA